GAGGUCGAAAAAGGGAGCGCUUUCUCUCUCGCGAGAGCGCUGUAAGCUGGCCUUUCAGAAAAAACACUGGAACAGAUCGCCCGACUUCCCAAAUAGUGGGUUAAAGGAUGGAGUCACAAACCAAUGAAAGGAAUGAGGAGGUGGGAUCACUGCUUUUACCGCGCUAGAAGUACCGUUACAGGGCAGACUUUUUGUCCAAUCAACGCCUCCAGACUUUGGGUCAGGUGACCCUAGAGUGCGAGGGGCGGAGCUACAGCCUGGCGCGAGGAACCGUUAAGAUGGACAACGAAUAUAACCAAUGAAGUACACCGACUAGGGCGUUGGGAACCCAAUAACAUUGGUUGGGCGGGCGCCUUUCCGGAGCGCGGGGAGAUGUAAAGACAGACAAAUCAUUUUCCCAAUGAGACUGUAGAAGAGAGGAGCUAAUUGACCAAUGAGGACUGUGGGGCGGGAGCCUUCGCCGCGGCGGAGUCCAAGAUGGCGGCGUGCGGUUCCGCUGUGUGAAACGAGCGCGGGGCGGCGGGUUAAUCAUCUCCGCGGAGACGACCUCCGACGACCCGCAACAAUGAAGGGAAAAGAGCGCUCCCCAGUCAAGCCCAAACGCUCCCGUGGUGGUGAGGACUCGACUUCCCGCGGGGAGCGGAGCAAGAAGUUAGGGGGCUCUGGUGGCAGCAAUGGGAGUAGCAGCGGAAAGACCGACAGCGGCGGCGGUUCGCGGCGCAGCCUUCAUCUGGACAAGUCCAGCAGCCGAGGUGGCAGCCGCGAGUAUGACACUGGUGGGGGCAGCUCCAGUAGCCGCUUGCAUAGUUACAGCUCCCCAAGCACCAAAAAUUCCUCGGGCGGGGGCGAGUCGCGCAGCAGCUCCCGGGGUGGAGGCGGGGAGUCACGUUCCUCUGGGGCCGCCUCCUCAGCUCCUGGCGGCGGGGACGGCGGGGAAUACAAGACACUGAAGAUAAGCGAGUUGGGGUCCCAGCUGAGUGACGAAGCGGUGGAGGACGGACUGUUUCACGAGUUCAAACGCUUCGGUGAUGUAAGUGUCAAAAUCAGUCAUCUCUCGGGUUCCGGCAGCGGGGAUGAGCGAGUAGCCUUUGUGAACUUCCGGCGGCCAGAGGACGCGCGGGCGGCCAAGCAUGCCAGAGGCCGCCUAGUGCUCUAUGACCGGCCGCUGAAGAUAGAAGCAGUGUAUGUGAGCCGGCGCCGCAGCCGCUCCCCUUUAGACAAAGAUACUUAUCCUCCGUCUGCCAGCGUGGUCGGGGCCUCUGUAGGUGGUCACCGGCACCCCCCUGGAGGCGGUGGAGGCCAGAGAUCGCUUUCCCCUGGUGGCGCAGCCCUGGGAUACAGAGACUACCGGUUGCAGCAGUUGGCCCUUGGCCGCCUGCCCCCUCCACCUCCACCACCAUUGCCCCGUGAGCUGGAGAGAGAGCGAGACUACCCGUUUUAUGAAAGAGUGCGCCCAGCUUACAGUCUUGAGCCAAGGGUGGGAGCUGGAGCGGGUGCUGCUCCUUUCAGAGAAGUGGAUGAGAUCUCACCCGAGGAUGAUCAGCGAGCUAACCGGACGCUUUUCUUGGGCAACCUAGACAUCACUGUGACAGAGAGUGAUCUAAGAAGGGCUUUUGACCGCUUUGGAGUCAUCACAGAAGUAGACAUCAAGAGGCCGUCUCGGGGCCAGACCAGUACCUAUGGUUUUCUCAAGUUUGAGAACCUAGACAUGUCUCACCGGGCCAAACUAGCAAUGUCUGGCAAAAUUAUAAUUCGGAAUCCUAUCAAAAUUGGUUAUGGGAAAGCUACACCCACCACCCGCCUCUGGGUGGGUGGUCUGGGACCUUGGGUGCCUCUUGCUGCCUUGGCUCGAGAGUUUGACCGAUUUGGCACCAUCCGCACCAUAGACUACCGCAAAGGUGAUAGUUGGGCGUAUAUCCAGUACGAAAGCCUAGAUGCAGCUCAUGCUGCCUGGACCCACAUGCGUGGCUUCCCACUCGGGGGCCCAGAUCGACGCCUUAGAGUAGACUUUGCAGACACAGAGCAUCGAUACCAGCAGCAAUAUCUGCAGCCUCUGCCUUUGACUCAUUAUGAAUUGGUGACGGAUGCUUUUGGACAUCGGGCACCUGACCCUUUGAGGGGUGCUCGGGAUAGGACACCACCGUUGCUAUACAGAGAUCGUGAUAGAGACCUUUAUCCUGAUUCUGAUUGGGUGCCACCCCCGCCCCCAGUCCGCGAACGCAGCACUCGGACUGCAGCUACUGCUGUGCCUGCCUAUGAGCCACUGGAUAGCCUGGAUCGCAGGCGAGAUGGCUGGUCCUUGGACCGGGACAGAGGUGAUCGAGAUCUGCCCAGCAGCAGAGACCAGCCUAGGAAGCGAAGGCCACCUGAGGAGAGCGGGGGCCGGCACCUGGAGAGGUCCCCUGAGAGCGACCGUCCCCGAAAGCGUCACUGUGCUCCUUCUCCCGACCGCAGUCCAGAAUUGAGCAGUAGCCGGGAUCGCUACAACAGUGACAAUGAUCGAUCUUCCCGUCUUCUUCUCUUGGAAAGGCCCUCUCCAGUCAGAGACAGACGAGGUAGUUUGGAGAAGAGCCAGGGUGACAAGCGGGACCGUAAAAACUCUGCAUCAGCUGAACGGGAUAGGAAGCACCGGACAGCUGCUCCCACUGAGGGAAAAAGCCCUCUGAAAAAAGAAGACCGGUCUGAUGGGAGUGCACCCAGCACCAGCACUGCUUCCUCGAAGCUGAAGUCCCCUUCCCAGAAACAGGAUGGUGGGACAGCCCCUGCAGCCGCAGCCUCUCCCAAACUCUGUUUGGCCUGGCAGGGCAUGCUUCUGUUGAAGAACAGCAACUUUCCUUCCAACAUGCAUCUGUUGCAGGGUGACCUCCAGGUGGCUAGCAGUCUUCUUGUGGAGGGCUCAACCGGAGGCAAAGUAGCCCAGCUCAAGAUCACUCAGCGUCUUCGUUUGGACCAGCCCAAGUUGGAUGAAGUAACUCGACGCAUCAAAGUGGCAGGGCCCAAUGGUUAUGCCAUUCUUCUGGCUGUGCCUGGAAAUUCUGACAGCAGGUCCUCCUCUUCCUCAGCCACAUCAGACACUGCCACCUCUACUCAGAGGCCACUUAGGAACCUUGUGUCCUAUUUAAAGCAAAAGCAGGCCGCUGGGGUGAUAAGCCUCCCUGUGGGGGGCAAUAAAGACAAGGAAAACACCGGAGUCCUUCACGCUUUUCCACCCUGUGAGUUCUCCCAGCAGUUCCUGGAUUCCCCUGCCAAGGCACUGGCCAAAUCUGAAGAAGAUUACCUGGUCAUGAUCAUUGUCCGUGGUGUCUAAUGCAUGUCAGCAUGAAAUCCUCAUCACUGCUGUGUCAUCCUUUUUGGUUUUCACUAUGCAUUUAUAAACUUUCUUUUUAAGUGUGGAGGUUUUUCUAGGGUUUUUGUUGUUUUUAAACUGGAAAAACUAGCCAUUGUGAUAGAAGGAAGGUACUAGGCUGUGAGCACAAAGGUCCUUGGUGUGCUUGUAGGGAAAAUACCUGAGAUCCUACAAGUUAAGACCUGGUGCUUUUUGCUUUUAAAAACCUGUACUUGCCACACGAAUAUGGAGGAGACACUGUUCCGAAAGUAAUGUGAGUUUGCGGUCUGCGUACGUGGGGUCAAAGUACAGUUUGGUUAGAUACAUUUUUCCAGUUUAAAUACUCUCACUAACCAUUAACUUUUGAAUAUCUUUUGAUAAGAAAGCUGGACAAAUGAUUUUGCUCUUUUAGAGAGUGAAGUCCACGACAUAUAAUUUUACUCUAAAGUGUGGGGUUUUUUUUUCCCCUUUUUCUUUUUUUUCUUUCUUUCCCCUUUUUUUUUCCUCUUUUUUUUUUUUUUUUUUUAAGUUGAUGUGACAACCAACCGAAGAGUACUGUGGUUUUUGCUCCAUGUUUGUUUGAAUCUUUAUCUGACAUGGUGGUUUUUGUUAGGUCUGGGCAAUUUGUGCUUCAGUUUUUUGAAACAAUGGCUUGAUACCAUUUCUAAAUGUAUGUAUUAGAAAUAACUAAUUAUGUUUAGUUUGGUGCUUACUUACAGAGUGCCAUCGUCCAGAUGAAUCUCUUAAUUCGUGUUGCCCAUCCCGCUGCGUAGGUUCCUAAUAUUGUUAAACUAUUUAAGCCUUCAGAAUAGAAUGAAAAGCAAGAGUCUAAAGCUAUCUGGUUCUAAUUCUCGUUAGCCAGAAUUUCAUAAUCUCAAUAUUGGAUGUUCUUUAUAACAACCACUUGUUUCUUUUACUUAAAAAAAAAAAAAUACUCGUUUGGUUGAUUUUUCUGGAACUCAGCUCAAAUGAAUGCAAAGAAAAUUUCUUCAGUAUAUUAUAUAAUGACAUAUUAAGUAUUACUGGUGAAAAACAUAAAGCUAAUUAAGACUUGAGAUCCACAACUUCAAAGUUUAUGGAAAAUUAAGCAAGCAUUCAGCUCCUGGCCAAUUUUUUACUGUUAUUUUGUUAGUUGUAACUGGGAUUCCUAUUAAGCGUUUUCCACACAAAAAUUUAAAUUCCUGGUUUUACAUGUGUGUCUACAUUGUGUAGAUAGAGUUUUCGCUUUAAGGAUUACGUAUUAAAAUGUCCAUCCUCUGGCCGGUAUAAGCUUUUGUUACAUUUUGAAGGUCACAUACUCUGGCCCUUAACUCAGAUCACUUGAGGUACAGUAAGAAAAAUAAGGUGUGUGUUUGUUGCUUUCAGAGCCAAACACUGUUUGGAUUUAUUUUGAAAUGUUAUGAGGAGGUUUUCACUGGCCAUAUUUGUUUUGUUUUUUAAAAUUUGAAAUCCACUUUUUUUAGACCGUGAAAUUGUUCAUUAUGCAAAUUCAGCUUGAACUGCAAUUUGGGUCCAUACAGGGACCAUUCACCGAAACCUCUGUGGUGAUAGAAUUAGGAUCUCCUCUUGAGAAGAGGGCCUUAAUGACCUUUUUAUGUGAAAAGUUUGGGAGAGAACUUCUGGACGAUUUUUUCUGUUUCUGCCACAGUGUUUGGUUUUGAGAUAGCAGUUGGGUAUGAGGACAAGAAGAGAAGUAGGGUGGAGUUGGCCCCGUUAGCAGUCUGCUUCUAGUGAUGUCCCUAAAGGGAGACAAUGAUUUCAGGUAACCACAGUGAACUGUCUAGCUGAGUAAAAAGUUUUAUACGUUUGGUUUAAACAGAGUUGAAAAGUAAAAGUCCUAAAGCGUUCUUUGGGUGUUUAGCAAUUGUCUGUACGAGUGUUUUCUUAAAAUAACAGCGGCUGUCUUUGGUAACCCAGAUGAAGGUGGAUUUUUAAAUGGCUUUGUAUCUUGACCCCUUUCUAUAGCAACAGAGUAGUUCUGUAUUGUUCCAUCUAAAUUACAGAACGAAAACAGAGGGGGUAAAAGUUUGACUCCACCUUUUUUUUAGUUUCAUUUAAGUUCUAUUUAGAAUAUAUUGAUCAUAAAUUGAUUGUAAACUUCCUGUCUUUCUGAAUUUGUUUGAUAUGUUUUACUCAGUUACAUGAGUACAAGGGGUAUUUUCAGUCCUGUAAUCUUCGCUCAGUGGCAGUCCUUAAAAAAGUCCACCCUGUUGUUCUACUUGUUAUUUGUCUAUUCAUACGGUAAACUCAUUCAAGGUAUGUGCCAGUGGGUAUUAUUGGUGCUUUUUGAAGUCAAGCUGGAUUAUCCAGGAAGGUCUUGUUAAUGUUAUGUUCAUCUAUAAUGGCAUAGGGGAAAUAUAUAUAUUUUUAAUAUUGUAAACAUUUGUACUGAAUAACCUUUUUUUCCCCCCCGCAAGCAAAACUGGUGAACUGCGGAUUGAAGAUAUGGAAUUCAAAGCUCUAAUGGACCUUUUUGAAGAGAAGUUAUGGCUUAUGUGGAGUUUACAUGGGCCUCUUGAUGGAAGAAAGCUAAUCUGUUUAGUAUUUGUGCAUUUUACUAAAAUGGCAGCUUAAAGUUGUGUAUCUGCUAUUGUGAUGCCAAUGCCGGUGUUUUAAGUGGAAAAAAAAUGACCUCUUGCUUUGUGCUGUGUACACAAGAUUUCUGGAAAAGUAAAGAAAAACCCUUUUUAUGGCUCACACAGCUUAAAAGUAGCUGUCACUCAAACGUGCGCUCACAGUUGAGCUGCUUUUGUUUUAUUCUAAAUAAAUUGUUUCUUUUGAGGAAAAUGUUUUUCUGCCUGGAAGUGAAUUGACGGCAAACCUUUGACCCCUUUGUUUGCAGCUGAGGGGGUUCUUGCUGCUGCUCAGAUCUUGUAUGUCUUGAGCAAGAAGCAGGGAGACCAUCAUUUUGACUAUCACGGUGUGUCAAUUCUGAAGGAUCACUAGUGUUACUGUGACCCCCUUUGUUUGCAGCGAAGGGGAUCAUUUGCUUCUCGGUCCUCAACUUGAUGAGGAAAUGGUGCUGUUUGCUGGCACGCAAGAAGCCGGGGCAAGCACCGUAAGCCUCACCACAGUGCACGAGUCGGGGGCUUUGCUGGUUUGAAGAGCCGGAGUUGCUGAAAUUUAAGUUUUGAUUUAUUUUGUUCACCCAUCACGUUUGGCCUUAGUUUCAUUUUUAAUUUGAAGAAAAGUUUGAGAUUGCUUUAUCUUGCACUUAACAUUUGCACCAAAUUGCCAAAAGAAGGAGAAAUGCUCCGUUUGCUUUUUAAAUGUUAAUGAUGAUGUUAAUAAAGCCUUUCCUGACA